UACCGUGCGCAUGCUCAAAUUAAACUGUGUCGGAGCACGCCAGGGAGAACAGCGACAGAUUUAUUUUCCAAACCGAGCCGUGCAUCUGAGGCGUAACGAACAUCUUCAGAGUCGUCAGUGAUCGAGGGAGUCACCAUGAGCGCGAGAGCAGUACCUAAGUGGGGCAGCCGAAAACAGUGCUCUGCUUUUAACUGUAAAAACUAUCCGCACAACAUUGCGCACCUCGCCUUUCAUCGGUUCCCAAAAGAUCCCGACAGGUAAUGUCUGAAAACACGGAAACACAUUUCAAAUUCAAAUGAUCUCGGAGCUGGUUUUAAGAAAAGAAUAAGCAUAAAUCGUGGCAAUAGCAGGAAGGUACUUCCGGUGCUAAAGCCGUCUAGCUUAGUCACUUCCGACAUGUCUUACGUCCGUGACGUGUGAAGAUAGAAUUAAAUUAAGCUAUCUUUAUAUUCUAUGCAUUUUGACGGACGAACUUUUACAUAGCAAUAGAGGCAGCGGAGAUUUGGGGUUGAAUGAGAAUCAUCAAUCCAUUUCAUAUUGUAAUCCCUCGAAUAAGAAUGCUGCAGAUUAUUUUGUGCCUAGGUUGAUAGAUACUUUAUAACAGGGGUGUCCGUAUACAGUCCUCGAUAGACGCCUUCCUGCAUGUUUUAGAUCUCUCCCUGCUGCAUCUCACCGAAAAUCUCAUGUUAUCUAUUAUAUACAUAAUCUGCAAGUUUGUAGAAAAUCUCGCUGUAAUCAGGUGUUCUGCAGCUGGGAGAAAGCUAAAACAUGCAGGACGUCAGCCCUUCAGGACCAAGUUUCGACACCCCUGAUUAAUACAAAUAAAUUAAAUCAGAUACAUGUUAAUGGCAGCGCAUUUUAAAAUUCCAACAUGCAGUUUAUAAAAUUUUAAGUUGUCAUUUGGACCAAACAUUGGCUAUAAUGUGCCAGUGGAUGCCAAAGUGCAAAAAUAUGGCUCAAACUAUGAUUUUAUCCUGUCAAGUGUUAAACUACAGGAAUGAACCUUACAGAGACGCAACAAACUUACAAUAUAUGGAAUAUAUUUUGAUUGUCAUAAUAGUUAUUUUAUGAUUAUUUGCAUUUUUUCAGGGAUUAUCAGUUUAGUAACAUUUAUCUUACAUAACAAAGACAAAAUAUAUCAGAAAUGCAGUGCCAGCUUGAGCAGGAUCACAACAAACAGAAAUAUUAGUAAAUAGAUCAAUUUCUCAAAUACUGAUUCAUGUUAAAACACAUUCACUGUCCUUAGUUGAAUAGAAAUAUAUCCAUUCAUAUUUUAUAUAUUGAUUAUACUUUGUUGUUGUUGUUGUUUUGUGCAAUUGCUUAUAAAGAAAAAAAGGAAGUCCAUCCACCUGUUUAACUGCUUUAUCCAACUCAGGGUCGCAGGAUGCUGAAGCCAAUCCAGUUGAGUGUCAGGGUUUGCCCUGGACAGGCCACCAGUCUAUCACACUGCAAACACAGGGAGAAUUAAAGUUACAGUCAUAUUUACACCUAUGGAAGUUGAAACUGAAGUGUGUAUUUUUGCACUGUGGAGGGAAUGUGGAGCAGCAUAGAAAUGUCCCCAAGCCAAACCUGGAUUGGAGGCAUGAGGACAGAAACCUAGUACAUUAGUUCCAGUUGUAUACAACUUCAAUCAACUAGGGUCACUGGAGCUGACCAGAACUGCUUCUUGGCGACAGCAGGGUACACCCUGAACUGGCUGCAUACAGUACAAACAUUAACAGGCUGGAAUUUAGAUCAAUAACUUGUCUCAAAGGCAUGUUUUGGUACUGUGGGAGAGAAAAUGAAUACUUGGAUUUAACCAACGCACAGAGAGAACAAGCACUGCCUGCAACUUGGUAGAGAGCUCCUGCUCCAGUGUUUUGUAUGUAAAAAGAGUUGUUUUGUGUUUUUCGUUAUCACCACUUCUCCGUGGUGUAUUCACUGUGCAUUGAAUUCACUGUAACUUGUGCUUUGGAGUGUGUGCAGUACACACAGGGGAAGAACCGAAGAUGUAAAUCAUUGUUAGCAUUAGCAUGGCAAGUGAUAUCUAGCUGGAUAGCUCAGUGUUUGGCUGAUGGGGCUGCUAGCUCCAGGGUUAGUGUAUAGCCCUGCUUUGAAGACGAGACCAUGGAGUGCCACCACCACCCAGCCUGCUGGAUGAUGAGCCAUGAGAGUUGCAACAGGACCUCCCACUGGACCCUCACCAGCAAAGGGGAGCCAGGCUUUGGGGAAAGAAAUGCUGCACAUCAGAAGAGCCACCAAGCUGCCACUGCCACCCAUGCUACUCUGCGAACCCCUGGUCACUUUAAAACAAACUGGAUUGCCUGCGGCCUCAGACUGGAACCUGCUACGGAUUUCGUGAGUCUGGUCUCAUGAUGUUCACAGAAUCGUGGCUCUGUGACGGCGUACCUCUUACCAGAUGUGCCUUAUGGGUGCAGAGGCUGUGCAAUCCAUCUUUGAAGGGGAUAAGCUCUGAGAAACUCCAUCAGAGUUACCGAGUGUGCAGUGUGCACUUUGACACCACCCAGUUCAAGAGGCCAUCAGAUGUUCAUGCAGGAUUGAAGUGGAAUGCGGUGCCUAAAGAUCAAAGUGCCCCAAUCACAGCAACUGUGGUGGACAUUAGCACUAAGUCGACCCAGAAGGAUGCGGAAGAGAAGAAGCUACCAUGUCCAGCGGUCUUCAGUUGUAAAUUAAUAAAAGAAGAGCCACCAUCUCCAGUGAUUGUCAGCAUUCAGACAAUAAAGGAAGAGAAGGAGCUGCCAUCUCCAGUCGUCUUCUCUAAUAUGCCACUGAAGGAGGAAGAAGAGGACAAGCCACUGUAUCCAGUGAUAUUUAACAUCAAGUCCAUAAAAGAAGAAGAGGACACGAUGCCCUCAUCACAGAAAAAUGAGCUGAGUGAUGGUGUGGACUCAUCAAGCCAUGACGGUGUCACUGACCACGCUGUUCAGCAUCCUGAUGAUUCAAAGGCAGACAUUACUGGAGAUGCUUUUGUCUUUGGCACUUCUGAUGUCAGUGCAGCGAGACCUUCUGUGUCUCAGACCCCACUAUUAACACCAAAGCAUGAAACCAAAGACUCUGAAGUUGAUCCCAUGGUACGCACUCUGGAGAAGAAGUGCUCCAAUCUAACAUUAGAGGUGGUCAGACUUAAGGCAAAAGUGAGGGAACUCAGGUGGUCAAACGAAUUAAACCGAGCAGGUGUUCAAAUGGUGCCAGUGAUACCACGGUUGAAGAAACUCCUACCAGGCAAAACGUAUGCUUUUGUGAGGACACAGAUACGUGUCUCCCGUUGCCACCCUGAUGGUUUCCCAUGGUCCAAUCAAGAAAAAGCAUUAUUUUUAUCUAUGUUUCAUGACAACCCUGUGUUUUACAGGCGCCUGCUUCACGUGUUUUCUAUGCCCUCUGUAAAAACACUGAAGAGGAUAAUGAAAUCUCGUCGUUAGUAACCAGACCACCAUAAAUCACCCCGCAGUGAAAAAUAAAUUGCAUAUGAGAUGAUGAUGAUAGGAGAUAGUUUGCUGAAUUGUUUACUUUGUCGUACUGGAACAAGAAUAAUUAGCUUCACCAUUUAUGCAAUCAGUUGAUAUGAAAUGUGGAUUUCAGAAAUGAACACCGAUUCAUUGCAGCUCCAAUGUGUUAUUUGAUAUAGAAGCCAGCAAGACACAAACUAUUAUAGGGACCUAAUUGUGAAAUUUUAAUUGUGAACAAGGAAGAGCACUAAGUCAUGCUGAUCAGUCAAAAAAUUAGAACCACUGACCUCUGCAGGUGUUUUAAUAUGUGAGCAGCAGAUUUUUUUUUUUAAGCCAUUUAGGCUGUGUGGUCUUCUAUGGGACCUGGUCUUCAAGUAAGCAUUUGGUUUUUUAACACCUUGCUAGGUUCACUGUGUGAACCUAGUUUUCAUGCUGAAUUAUUACAAUGCACAGUAUGAUCUUUGUUAGAGCCCUAGUGUUUACCAUGCCUAAAAGCACGGAAAUCCAUAGAACAGAUUAAGUACUAUGGCACACAAAUAUUAUUCAGGUGUUGCCAUUUUAUACUAUGAGAUACUGUUUAAUGUUUAUGAAAUUUUCUUUGUAUUGAUAGAUGUAGAACUUUUAUUGAAAUGUUUUUGCUAUCUAAUAAAACUAGAGUGAAUUUUACACAAAUGCCUGUUCAUUUU